AUGCCGAAAAUUGUUCAGGGCGACUGCGACCUCAGGGGCCAUCCCAAAGGCGGCGGCGCUCACAGGGGCCCGCCCAAAGGCAAGGGAACCCCUAGGGAACCUCCCAGAGGCGGUGGUGCCUCCAGGGGCAGCGGCUCCCCCAGUGGCUUUUCCAGGGGCGGCAGUGCCCCCAGAGGAUCUCACAGGGGCAGUAGCGCCCCCAGGGGCCCUCCCAGAGAAGGAGCCCACCAGUGGCUCUCCUUAGGGGCAGCGACGCCUCCAGGGACAAUCCCAGAGGCGGUGGCGCACCCAGGGGUCCUCCGAGGCGGCGACCUAGAGGCUCACCCAGAGGCUCACCCAGAGGCGGUGACAACCCCAGGGCCUCUUCCAGGAGCGGCGGUGCUCCCAGGGAACCUCUCAGGGUUGGUGGUACCUCCAGGAGACAAGUUCAGGGGCGGUGGCGGCCAGAGGGACCAUCGCAGGGGCCCUGCCAAGGGCGGUGGCGGCCCCAAGGACCCUUCCAAGGGCGGUGGCGCCCCCAGGAUCCCUCACAGAGAAGGCAGCGACCGCAGGGCCCCCCCAAAGGCUGCGUGGCCCCCCCAAAGGCUGCGUGGCCCCCAGGGGCCCUCGAGGGCGAUGGUGCCACCAGAAGCCCUCCCAGGGACGGAGGAACUACCAGUGGCCGUUCCAAGGGCGGCAGCCCUUCCAGGGGCGGUGGCGCCUCCAGAGGCUCUCCAAGAGACCCUCGAUGGGGCGGUGGUGUCCCCAGGGGCUCUCCAGGGGCGUUCAGCAUUGGCAGGGGCCAUACCAGGGACAACAGCGACCCAAAGGGCUCUUCCAGUGGUGGUGGCGACCCCAGGGACUUGCCAAGGGUCGGUGAUGACCUCAACUGCCCUCCCAGGGGCGGCGGCGAUCCUAGGAGCCUUCUUAGGGGUUGCCACCGAUCCUGGGGGGCUUCUCGGGGUGCCAUCAACUCUGGAAGGGCCCCUGCGGGCGGCGACACCCCUGGAAGGGCCCGUGGUGGUGUCUCCGUCCCAGGAACGGUUCCUGGAUGUUCCACCGCCCCUGGGAGGGCCAAAGGGAGUGCAAAUACUCCUGGGAAGUACCCAGGGGGUGUCACCCCCACUGCAAGACCACUGGGGAUGCCAUCUCUCGGUAGAGACCACAGCGGAGCCACAGCCUCUGAGAGUUCCCUGUGGAGCCAACGCCCCUGGGAGGAUUCCUGGGCGUAUCACCGUCCCUCGGAGGGCCCAUGGGAAUGCCUCAGCCCUUGGGAGGGUCCUUGGGGGUGCCACUGCCCCCGGCAGGGCCCCUGAGAGAGUCCAUGUGGGUGCCACCGCCCCUGAGAGGGCCCCUGAGGGCAUCACGGCCCCUGGGGUUGCCACAGCCAGUAGUAGGGCUCCUGUUUGA